UCCGAGAUUUUAAUAUCUAAAACGCAACUUAUAUCAAUCAAUAGCGAUAGUCAAUACAUUUUAGUCGUUUAUGAUGAGAUUUAGCAAGUUUUUCUGCUACGGAUGCACAAUAUGUUUCUUGCUAGUUAUAUUCGGGUUCAUAUGUUUUUCUCUUGGGUCUUCUCAAGUUAACAAUAACAUACCAUGUACAAACGUCACAGUUGUACAAGAGAGUCAUGAUAAUGAAGAACCUGACCCUACUCCUACGAUAGCCUGGACCCAUAUUUUUAAUGAUCGGGGUCCUAAAACUCCAAGCGACCAAAAGCUUGAAACCUCCCUUGUGUCUCUACAGCUACCCCAAACUGAGGAGUUUAUUCAAACUGACCAAUUGUGUCCUAACACAGAAGAUUUCGCGGAAGAAAACGAACGAAAGUUGGAAUGGAUACAGUCACAAUGUAACAACACUGUCAGAUCUAAACUUUCUGAAAUCUUGGAGAUGUUUUACUUUCCCAAAUCUUUGUUGGGAUGGUGUCCAGUGUACAAGGCAGCGUCCUCAAACGUGUUUGCACAUUUCUGCAGCGACUAUUUUGAUGACGAAACAUGUCAGGAUAAACAUAUUAAAAUGAAGAACUUCGAAGGAGGCUUUAGAGAAUUAGAGGACUUCAAAGAAAAGGAUCCUCCGUCUAAAGACGAGAAACGAUUCCUAGUCUGGAGCUACUAA